GGUCUCGCAUUAUAAUCAUUUCAUAAAUAUUACUCCAUUGUCAAUAUUCAAUAGUAGUUAACAUUCAAUAAUUGUCGAAUCAUUUGCAAUCUUCCGGCGUCUUUGGUUUAGAAAUUUGACUCGCCUGCCACUUCAACUCUCUCAGUUUGUUUAAUAUUGAUGUGUUUCAUUACUUCAUUGUCACCCUCACCCUUAUUUGAACCUUUCAAUUGCUAGAAAUCGGGUUGAUCUUACUUCCCCGCUCUCACCCACUUAACGGACUUUGUUAACUCCAGAUAUUUGAGACCCGCUGCUGCACGCGCAACAAGAACGUCCGCUCACAGCCAUGGCUUUCAACUUCCCGGCGUGCACCUACAUUGUGGCUAUGAUAACCGACGCUUUUCUGUUGUUCUUCUCAGUGUUUCACGUUAUUGCAUUUGAUGAACUGAAAAAUGACAGCAAGAAUCCUAUUGAUCAAUGCAACAGCUUAAAUCCAUUAGUGAUUCCAGAAUAUAUUUUACAUUUCUUCUCCAAUCUGUUGUUUUUGUUUGGAGGCCAGUGGUUAUCCAUUGCUAUAAAUGUUCCAUUAAUGGCUUAUCAUAUUUCAAAGUAUCGAAAUAGACCAGCUAUGUCUGGUUUUGGUCUCUAUGAUCCGACUAGUAUAAUGAAUGCCGAUAAACUAAACAAAUAUCAACGUGAAGGUUGGAUAAAAUUGGCUUUUUAUUUAUUCUCAUUUUUUUACUACUUAUAUGGAAUGAUAAGAGCAUUAAUCACAGCAUAAAUCUAAGAUGCUCUGAAGUCUUAACAUUCAUAUUGUACAACUAAUAGCUCAAAAGUUAAAUAUAACUAUGGGCAGCUGGAAUAAUUAUCACCAGAUUGAAUAACCUCUGCAUUUUUAAUUAUUUCAGUAAGAAUAACCUUCAAUUUUUAUAUGUUUACAGUGGAAAUAAUUAAACCGAUAUUAUGCAUGGAUAAUAGUUAUGCAUUAUGAAUUAAAUUGAUUAUCAUUUAAAAAAUA